GUUAAAAAUAACAAAAUCCAAAACGAGGCUGCGUGUGUCAACAAGCUCGGGGAGCACACUGAAGAGGGAAUACAGUGUAUGUGGUGUUAUUUCGAUGAAUUUAGAAGUGUGGAUUGAAAUUAAUGACUUGAGCUAUGCGAGAGGAAAUAGCCGCGGCAGUCGUGUUUGUGACACGACUUAUUCGACAAAAUGGUAGCAUUUCGAAGGGCAAGGUAGACGACUUUUCUAAUUGUUUAUCCGCCAUUUUGGUAGAAAAAUUCCAGAAUCAUUGGUAUAGAGAUCGGCCGGCUAAGGGACAGGGAUUCAGAUGUAUCCGAAUAAAUCCCUCAGAACCGAUUGAUCCAGUUCUGGUAAAGGCUGCUAGCGACGCCGGAUUGGAAUGUACAGAAUUACUGUUACCAGUAGAAAUGACACUCUGGGUCGACCCUGAGGAUGUUUGUUGCAGGUUUGGUGAGAUGCAUGGAUCUUCAGUUUCAAUGUAUACUCUGGCAACCACCAAAGAUGGAAACUUGGAGAAUCGGGCCCACGUCAUCAACAUCGACGAAAUCAUGGAGAAGGAGCGAGAACGACAUAAUCAAAUGGUAAACAUUGUGACAACUCGUAGUACAACUCAGUGCCGCCCUCAGCAGUUCUCCCGUGGACUUUACUAUGGCAAGACAGCCAACUUCUACACAAAACACCAGCACAACUUCUACAACAACCAGGCCUUCAACUCAAAGUUUCGCCAACAUCCUGCUUCAACAGAGGAACCACAGGUAAAUGGGAAACGUGUCUCUCCCGAUCAAGUCAACGAAGUACGGCAGCAAUUUAUGGACCAGGUGACCAGUGCUGCUGGAAAGUCAGCCCUUUCUUCACCAGGUAAAAAACCACCCACCAAGUCUACAGAGAACAAAAAUAAUGUAAAGGACAAUCAGAAUAGUGGUAAUGUGAAAGCAGGUGAUAAUUUGAAUAAGGCAGCAAAAACAGCAGGAGGAACCACGACAUCCAAUGAGGACAAGAAAAAGGUUGGUGGUCCAGCCAAGGCAAAAACAGCAGAAGUUAGUUCUUCUGUUACAGCGACAACUGCUUCAUCAUCUACUUCAUCGACAACUUCAUCUCCCUCUGUUUCAAAUUCAUCAUCGUCAGCACCAGGAAGCUACAAUCAAGGACAGAAACGCAAUACUGAUAACAAGGGGAGGAGUAACGGUGCUUAUCCUGGCAACGUAGCAUCAUCAGCAAGUACCAUCGCCCACAACAAAGGCAGCUACCAUGGCAACGGAAACUACCAAAAACCUUACCACAGCAAGGGAGAUAACUACCACUGGAAUAAAGGCAGCACAAAUGGAAAUGGUGGGACAAAGCAUGCACCAAAGUUCCACUAAAAGUAUCUAUAUAUAGAACUAUUAUCUAUUUAUAGAAUGGGUUUGUAUGAUCAUUGAUGUGAUAAGAUUCUGUUUCUGAAAUUGUCUUGAUUCAUUAUUAGUGUUUUUGAAGCUGUUUUCUGCCGUUUAAUUUGAGCAAUGUUCAUAUGAUAAAUUGUUUAACGAUUCAGAAUUCAACACUUGAGUUGACUUGACAUUGAUUUUGGAUCUGAAUGUUAGAGUUUGAUGAAACAAAACAAUUCAUCAUUUUUUGUUCUUGCAUUUAUCGUAUUGUCCUGUUAAAAUUUGGACACAUUAUUUAAAGUAAAUAAAUUUCACUUUCAAAUAUUUUGAUUGAUUGAAUAGGUUUUGGCCCGUUUUGCUUUUGAAGUUUCAAAACUGAAUAAAAAAAGUUUCCUUUAAAGCAGAUAAUGACAUGCAUCUUUAGAAAUCGUUUUCAUUAUUUUUUGAUCGGAUGCACCAACUUCAUUGUUUGUAAAUGAAAAUAAAAACCAACUACUAGAUAUUUUAUGGAAAUCAGACUUCAGCAAGAGUUGCUGCAGUUUUUAUCUAUAUAUAAAAAUUACGAUUAUGAGGGCUCUGUAAUUUGUAUACCACAAAGUAGCUAAACCUAGAUCUAUAAAUAUAUAUGUGGAGUGUAUGGAUGGUAACCUUACUUUGUAAGUUAAUGUUGUGAUUAAGUGAUAUUCAAGAUACUUUGCCAUUUUUUUGUAUUAAUUAAUUUUAUCAUAAUUAUGAUGAUUUGAAUGGGUUUUCAUGUAAAGUUACUAGUAUAUGAUGUAUAUCAGUAAAACAAUCAUAUCACACUAUUGUGGGCUGUUAUGUAAUGGUAAUUCAGAUCAUUUGCAAUCAGAAAUGGAAUCUUUGAAAGAAGUUUGCACAUAUUGUAUUGUACUGAUUAAUCUGGAAAUUCUUUGUCUGUGUCAGAGUUGAAUUUGAUCAGGAACAUUCCUUAUUUUUCCACAAUCUUCUCAAGGCAUCAAUAGCUAGCUAUAUAGGUAUUCCAAACGCUGUCUUGGCCUAAGAACAAAUGGGUGUGUGACCACUGACCAGAAGUCAUAAUAGGUUCACGUUAUUGGAAGGGUCCCAGCAGCUGUUAAGAAAAUUGAAAGAAAUAGAAUACAGUGGAACUUCAUUAACUUGAAGUCGAUGGGACCACGAGAAAACUUCGAGUUAUCCGAGUGUUUGAAUUAAGCGAGUUGUCAUUUUUGGUGCAAAGUUUGGUCAAUAUUUGUCAACAUUAUAUAAUCAUUAGA